UUCUCGUCCCUCAUCCCCUCCCCACUUUCUUCUCUUAUUUACCGCUGGGUUGACCCUCGAGCUCCUUUGGAUUGGAUUUUAUUGUCUGAUAUUAUCUCCUCAUACCUCAAACCCACCUACCUCCCCUUCCAACCGCCCCCCAAUAUCUCGAUGGCAUCCUUCCUCCAGUCUCUGCCGGUGUGCACGGCUGUUCGCAAGCAGUCCACUGCUGUUCCUUUCACCCUCCACAAAGCCUCACAGUCCAUUGUCUCCCUAGGACCGCGUAGCUCUUACUCCACACUCUCUUCCUCCGCUAGUCUGACUUCUGCCCGUAAGUUCGCAGCGCUUUCCGUCUAGUUCCAUGCAUCGGGGACAGUAAGCAUGCAUAGCUAUUGCUUGUGCCCGGCACAACAGAUAAACCAGAAAGGCCAUUGCAUAUAUACUGAUUCCAUCCCACGACAUCCAGCCCUCCGCUCCUCUCAGCGUUUCAAUGUCCGUCCCACCUCCGCACAGCAAUGUCGCACCUUCAUCGCUCAACUGAACCGCCGUCAAUCUCAGACGCUCAAGGAGAGCGCGCCGACGACUCCGCAACCGCCCGCUAACCUGCAACUCACCAACCUCCCCUACUUCAUCCGUCGUACCGCCUCCAACCUCCUUCCCGUAUACGUCGACACCAAAGCCGGCGGUACCAAGCGCGAGACCAAGUUGCAGAAGACGGAGGGUGAUCUUGAUGCUUUGAGAUCGGAUCUGGCACAGUACUUGGGUCUGGAGUCGGGCGACCCGCGCGCCCCCAAGAGCCCAGAGGUGACAAUUAACCGUCUCAACGGUCACAUCAUCGUCAAGGGCUGGCGGAAACGGGAGAUCGAGCGUUUCCUGACGGAGCGCAACUUCUAAGCCUAUCAACCAAUGAUCUGAUAUUGGUUUCUGGAUCCUUUUCGCUCCUUCCUCAAAAUACGAAUGUCAAUAUCUCCUUAUCCACCACAGCUUGGCCCAAAACGACAGCAGCACUAAUAGCACGCUAUCACAUCACAAGCAACUCCCAUCGACCCCCGGAGCGUCAAGGAUUCAAAAGAAACAGGCCAUCAAAAAUCCAAGGAAAAUCAAUCAACAUCUCCAUGAACCGAGAAUCCACUACAG